UUCCAAGGACCCCAGUUGAAUCUGGGAUCAUGCAUUACCCUCGAUGUCCUGAGAGUUGUGGACCUGAAGUACUGCAUUGGCAAUGGCAGUGUCAAUUUCCCGACUCAGCAGAUUCCCAGCGGCAUCUUCAACCACACACAAGUCAUCAUUGGUGGCCAGUCCCAAAUUGUGACCAUCAACAGGCAAUGGCGUGUGGCCGUCAUUGAGCAAAGGAACAUCAGUGGGUCCUGGAAAACCAUCUGGAACUACAACACGGGCGUCAUUGCAACCAAAGUCACGCAACAGAACGCCUGCUACAUUUCCAUCAUGAACAGAAGCGAGAUGCCCCGCUUUGAUAACCUGGCCCGCCUGGCAGAAGAGAGCAGGAAACUGCUUGGCAUUUUUGGAAGACAUACCAAGAGGAUCACCUUUGUCACCAAUGGACUGGUCAACAACCUCUACUCCUAUGGAACAGAGAUCACGGCUAUGUGCAGCGGACUCACCACCUACAUGGCUACCGAAGUUCACAGUGAAUCUUUCCAAGGUCCCCAGGUGAAUCUGGGAUCAUGCAUUACCCUCGAUGUCCUGAGAGUUGUAGAGCUGACAUACUGCAAUAGCAAUGGCAAUUGGAACGGCAAUGGCAACUGGAAUGGCCAAUGGAACGGCAACGGCAAUGGCAACUGGAAUGGCAUUUGGAAUGGCAACGGCAAUGGCAACUGGAAUGGCAUUUGGAAUGGCAUUGGCAAUGGCAACUGGAACAACAAUUGGAAUGGCAACUGGGACAACAAUUGGAAUGGCAACUGGGACAACAAUUGGAAUGGCAUUGGCAACAACAACUGGAACAACCACUGGAAUGGCAUCGGCAACAACAACUGGAACAACAACUGGAACAACAUCUGGAAUGGCAAUGGCCAAUGGAAUGGCAACUGGAACAACAACUGGAAUGGCAAUAACAACUGGAAUGGCAACUGGAAUGGCAAUUGGAAUGGCAAUAACAACUGGAAUGGCAACUGGAACAACAAUUGGAAUGGAAAUUUCCCGUCUCAGCAGAUUCCCAGUGGCAUCUUCAACAACACACAAGUCAUCAUUGGUGGCCAGUCUCAAAUUGUGACCAUCAACAGGCAAUGGCGUGUGGCCGUCAUUGAGCAGAGGAGCUUCAGCGGGUCCUGGAAAACCAUCUGGAACUACAACACGGGUGUCAUUGCAACCAAAGUCACUCAACAGAACACCUGCUACAUUUCCAUCAUGAACAGAAGUGAGAUGCCCCGCUUUGAUAACCUGGCCCACCUGGCACAAGAGAGCAGGAACCUGAUCGGUGCUUUUGGAAGACCGACCAAGAGGAUCACCUUUGUCACCAAUGGACUGGUCAACAACCUCAACUCCUAUGGAAUAGACAUCACGGCAAUGUGCAGCGGGCUCACCACCUACCUGGCUUACGAAGUUAACACUUUCCAAGGACCCCAGUUGAAUCUGGGAUCAUGCAUUACCCUCGAUGUCCUGAGAGUUGUGGACCUGAAGUACUGCAUUGGCAAUGGCAGUGUCAAUUUCCCGACUCAGCAGAUUCCCAGCGGCAUCUUCAACCACACUCAAGUCAUCAUUGGUGGCCAGUCCCAAAUUGUGACCAUCAACAGGCAAUGGCGUGUGGCCGUCAUUGAGCAAAGGAACAUCAGUGGGUCCUGGAAAACCAUCUGGAACUACAACACGGGCGUCAUUGCAACCAAAGUCACGCAACAGAACGCCUGCUACAUUUCCAUCAUGAACAGAAGCGAGAUGCCCCGCUUUGAUAACCUGGCCCGCCUGGCAGAAGAGAGCAGGAAACUGCUUGGCAUUUUUGGAAGACAUACCAAGAGGAUCACCUUUGUCACCAAUGGACUGGUCAACAACCUCUACUCCUAUGGAACAGAGAUCACGGCUAUGUGCAGCGGACUCACCACCUACCUGGCUACCGAAGUUCACAGUGAAUCUUUCCAAGGCCCCCAGGUGAAUCUGGGAUCAUGCAUUACCCUCGAUGUCCUGAGAGUUGUAGAGCUGACAUACUGCAAUAGCAAUAGCAAUUGGAAUGGCAAUGGCAACUGGAAUGGCAUUUGGAAUGGCAUUGGCAAUGGCAACUGGAACAACAAUUGGAAUGGCAUUGGCAAUGGCAAGUGGAAUGGCAUUUGGAACGGCAACGGCAAUGGCAACUGGAAUGGCAUUUGGAAUGGCAUUGGCAAUGGCAACUGGAACAACAAUUGGAAUGGCAAUUGGAACGGCAACUGGGAGAACAACUGGAAUGGUAUCGGCAACAACAACUGGAACAACAAUUGGAAUAGCAAUGGCCAAUGGAACAACAAUUGGAAUGGCAUUGGCGACAAUAUCUGGAACAACAAUUGGAAUGGCAUUGGCAAUGGCAACUGGAAUGGCAACUGGAAUGGCAAUAACAUCUGGAAUGGCAAUUGGAAUGGCAAUAACAACUGGAAUGGCAAUUGGAAUGGCAAUGGCAACUGGAAUGGUAUUUGGAAUGGCAACAGCAAUUGGAAUGGCAGUGGCAUCUGGAACGGCAGCUGGAAUGGCAAUUUCCCGCAGUCAGAUAACAACCAACAAAUCAUCAGUGACGGAGAUUCCCACAUCUCCAUCUCUGGCGGAGACUCUCAUAUCUCCAUCUCUGGUGUCUCACAAAGCAUAAGCAUCAAUAGCCAAACACAGAAGGCAAUUAUGGAGCAAAAGAGCAACCAUUUGUCCUGGAAAACCAUCUGGAACUACAACACAGGUAUCAUUGUAACAAAAGUGAUGCCAGAGAGAACGUGCUACAUUUCCACCAUGAACAGGAGUGAGAUGCCUACUUUUGCUGUACUUGUCAGAGUGGCUGCAGAGAGGAGGAACCUGAUUGGCGUUUUUGGAAGACCUGCCAAGGAGAUCACUUUUGUGACCAAUGGAUUGGUCAGAAACCUCAUGUCUUAUGGGUCAGAUGUCUUCUCUAUGUGCAGUGGACUCACCACCUACAUGACCCAUGAAGUUCACGUACCCCAAUACAAUCAACGAUCAUGCACUGCACUUAACGUCUUGAGACUUGUGGAGCUAAAGUACUGCAAUGGCAAUGGACAGGUCGGAAAAUCUUACAUUUCUUGAACCAAGAUCCAGCCUUCAAAGCUGCUGCCCAAAGCCAACCCUGAUACCGUUCUUCCCUGAUAUCUCUUCUUUCAAGAGUUUUGUUUUUCAUGGUUCAGAAACUUAAAAACAGAUAAUUUGUUGACUAAAGCUUUCAAUUAAAAAACCUUUUGCAUAGAUGA